CGAUGCAAAAGACGCAAAAGUCAGUUUGUCAGUUUGAAUCAGUUGAAAUGCAACCGUUUAGGAGUUUUGCCGGUGAUUUUUAAGUAUUUUAAUCGUUUUGUUAUGUGAAUGUGUGUACGUUUAGCUUUAAUUAAUUAUCGCUGCUGUUCCCUCUUGGAUUAAGUGCAUUUGGUGUAAAUUCGCUUGUUGUGCUUCCAGUGCGCUACACUUGAUGUGCAAUAAAAACAGUUUGUGUUCAUAAUUUGCACUCCAUUAAUAUUUUGUGCACGCACACCUAAAUUGUGAUAUUAAACAACAGAAAAAGCCAUUGUGAAAGUUGUAAGAAGUAUUAAAGUAAAAAUAUUGGUAUAUAUGUAAGCGAGAUAAACAAGGCAGCGAAACUUCGUUAGCAGCUGCAACAAAUACAAGAACGACGCGAAUCAACAGCUCUGCUUCCACGUACACUGUGAAUUGACGCAACGUGCUGUUCUUGCUCCUUUUAUUUUGUCUGCUUCGCAAGAAAAUUUGCUGUCAUCGACGCUGACGUCGCCGCUAACCGAAUUUUGCUGCAGAAACCGCAACGCUACGUAUGUGAAAUUUGAUUAUUGUUUUUUUCGUGUUGUGUUGGGUGCGUUGAUUAUACGCUGUAUUAAUUUAUAGCGUUUGUUACAAGUUUUGUUUCUUUUCUCAAUAGAAGCAAUAUACCAUAACUAGAAGUGAACAAACAAAAGUAAAACGAAUUAUUAAAUCCAUAAUUGAACAAAGUUGCUGCUUAAGUAAAAGAAGAAUACAGGACAACAGCAAAAAGACAAAAUGUCAGACACAAAAUCGUUUUCGAGUAUUGAAACGCCUGGCUAUGUGGGCUUUGCCAAUCUACCGAAUCAGGUGCAUCGUAAAUCGGUGAAGAAAGGUUUUGAAUUCACGCUGAUGGUCGUCGGUGAGUCGGGUUUGGGGAAGUCUACAUUAGUCAACAGCCUGUUCCUGACAGAUUUGUAUCCGGAGCGCGUGAUACCAGAUGCCAUUGAAAAACAAAAACAAACCGUGAAACUAGAAGCCUCCACAGUUGAGAUUGAGGAGCGCGGUGUCAAGUUGCGUCUAACAGUUGUGGACACGCCGGGCUUUGGAGAUGCUAUCGAUAAUUCGGAUAGUUUUAGCGCCAUACUAGAAUAUAUAGAUGAACAGUAUGAACGUUUUUUGCGCGAUGAGAGCGGACUGAAUCGGCGCAAUAUUGUGGACAAUCGUAUACACUGCUGUUUCUAUUUUAUAUCGCCUUUCGGGCAUGGCCUCAAACCUUUAGAUGUUGAAUUUAUGAAGAAAUUACACUCUAAAGUGAAUAUAGUGCCUGUGAUCGCGAAAGCUGACUGCCUCACAAAGAAGGAGAUUCUACGCCUCAAAUGCCGGAUAAUGCAAGAAAUUGAGGAUCAUGGCAUUAAAAUAUAUCCACUGCCCGAUUGUGAUUCCGACGAGGAUGAGGACUAUAAAGAGCAAGUUAAACAGCUGAAAGAGGCCGUGCCAUUCGCAGUUUGCGGUGCGAAUACGCUGCUGGAGGUGAAGGGCAAGAAAGUGCGUGGACGCUUGUAUCCCUGGGGUGUUGUGGAGGUGGAAAAUCCCGAUCACUGUGAUUUUAUCAAAUUACGCACAAUGUUAAUCACACACAUGCAGGACCUGCAAGAGGUCACACAAGAGGUGCACUAUGAAAACUACCGUUCCGAACGUUUGGCCAAAGGACGCAAGGAGAAUGGCAUGAAAGUCGAGCGUGAUUCUAUGGUACCAACGCAGAUUGUCGUGAACAGCGUCAUAUCCGAGAAGGAUCGAAUAUUGCAAGAGAAGGAAGCGGAAUUACGACGCAUGCAAGAGAUGUUGGCACAAAUGCAGGCCAAAAUACAAGCGCAACAGUAGGUGUAGCAUACGCAUCUUAAUCAUAUAUAUAUAUAUACAAAACAGGUGUAAGCAUAAAAAUAAAUUACAACAAACUAAAGCAGCAGUAACAAUAAUAAAUAAUAAAGAAUAAGGCAAGCAUAUACCAACGGCUGCUGCUCAGUUAUGAUGGAUAUAAAGCAAAGCACGGCUUAGCAUUGCAUUCCUAUUAGUCACAACUACAACAAGAGCGCGCAAAUGAAAAAGACAAAUAAGAAUUUGUAUGCACGGUGCUUGUUCAACAUACAUACAUAUAAACGCAGAAAAAACUUGCAAAAAAUGUUUUCAAAGCACGUUUUGUUUUAUUUCGACAACUUGUGUUGGAAUUUUGCGAUAGCUUUUACACAUAUACUUUCAUAUAGGCAUUAUUUUUGUAAUUCGUAAAUCUUUAUAUUAAACAAGAAAAUCUAUGGCGUAUUAUUUUUUAUAUAUAUAAUUAAUAAUAAUUAUGCUUAUGUUUAAUAUUAGCUUAUAAAAACGCAUACAAACAUAUUUUGUAUUUUCUUAUGUUGUUUUCAUGCUGGAAAAUAAUUUAUAUACACAAACAUAUACUAUAUAUUUGUAAGCGUAAAACAAAAUUUUAAACACAAAGGUUGCAUAUUUAAGCAACAAAUACAAACAUACAUACAUACAUUUCACAAAAAUACAACAUGUUUUAGGCGUAACAAUAAUAACGAAAGAACUCAGUACAACUUCCAACACAUACAUAUACUUUUAUUAUAUUGUUUAAGCGUUUUUCAAACACAUACACACACACCUUGAAACACAUUCUAAAUUUUGCUCAUAACUAAAUUAUAACUAAUUUAUAUAUGUAUGUAACUGUAUAUACGCAUACCAUACAUAAUCACUAAACGAUUGUAGUACACAUACUUCACUGUAACAUAAAAAUAUGCAAAAAUAUUUACACACACAUGUCUUCAAAUGAUUCCUCGCACACUUUUAUGUUGCUUUGCCACUAAUGCCUAUGUGCCACACCAGUUCCGCCCCGUUACUUUUAACUGUAGACACAUGUCCUACAAUAUUUGCAUUAUAAUGCAUGCUUAUACAUACAUAAUUGUUUUACAGCCAUCAAACUUUAAGAAACCACGCUUGUACAUGCUUAUAUAUGUAAAUGUUACAAAAAGUUAUGAAAAAGCUAAUACUUUGAACCUAAAUGCCGGCAUAUGCUAGUUAGUUACAAAUCAGUUUUGAAAUUUCAUAAAAAAUUUGGCGAAAACCUUAUUUGUAUAACGGACUUGCUUAAAUUUAAAUUGUAAGCCUAAAUUAAAAACAAUGCUUGACAUUUAUUAAUGCACAAUCUUAUAACAACUCAAAUUACACAUUAAAUUUUAUCUCUACAGAAAAAAAUUAACCUAAAUAUGUAUAUUUGGCAUUUCAUUAUGCAGUUCAUGCGCCUUACUCAUAUUUAAAACUGACUCAAAGUAAAACUCGAACAAACUUGUUAGAUUUUUCUCAUUAUAAAUCAAUGUAAACUUUUAUAAAUAUACGCUUGGUGCUCUGGCAUUUCUCUUCCGUAGAUUUUCCUAUACAUAUACACAGUACUAAUAUGCAAAUCUUGGGUAAUAUACCCACUACCAUACAUAUGAACGAUUUAGAAUCAUAGUACAUACAAAUUAAUUGAAAAAAUUAAGAUUAUUAAAUAUUUUGUAAAAGUUUAAUGCUAAUUACAUAUGUAUAAUUACAAAUGCCGCACUAAAAAUAAACAUGUAUAUAAAUACAUACAUACAUAUUUAUGUGCAUUUCAUAAUUAAAA